AUGGCGGAUUCUCGGUCAAAUUCAAUCAGGCAUCAUUUGCUUGCAAAACCAAUAUCAGAGUCAGUGACGGUGGUCUGUCCUCGGCCCUCAGUCGCACACAUCUCAGUUAAUCCUUUGAACAUAACCAUGAGCAUCACAAGCCCGCCUUCCAUGAAGCACUCAUCACCUACGAAAGCAGAGCCGAAGGCCCCUUUGCUUUCAAUCUUGUUCUCCAAAAGAAAAUCCAUGGCCUUCACUUAUGUAUUCAUGUUUGCCUUCAUUGCCUGCACUUUCUUUUUGGUUUUCAGCCCGUCUCGCCAAAACGGCCCUCUUCCUCUCCGCUUCAAGAACCUGCUUCAUGCCUCCUUCUACUCUUCUUCUCAGAACCCUAAUGCACAUUUGGUGCUUUCUCGGAGAGACCCUUUUUCCGGGAAACCUAAUUUUUCGCCACAGUUUUAUGAGGUUGCAAGUUUGAAGGGUCAUAAGGUGGAUAAGCAUGAGAUUGGUCUCUCUCAAUUUCCGGAGAAAAACGAAAGCUUGAAGGGAGAUAAUAACAAUGCUCAAUCAUCCAACCCCAUUCUUUUAUUGUCCAACAACACGGAAAUUGAAUUUUCCGGGAAAAUGGAGGGUUCCAGGAGAAGAAACGAGACCAAGAAGCAUGCACAUUCGAAUUCUCCUUCUUCGAAAGAUUCAAAUGGAAAACGUGGCUCGAAGAAGAAAACUGAUAGUAAAAUGAUGUCAUCUAAGAAGCAAGGGAAACAAAGUGAGUUGAAGUCCAAGUUGACGAAUGGCUGUGACAUAUUUGAUGGAAGAUGGGUGAGAGAUGAUUCGUACCCACUUUAUGCUCCGGGGUCUUGUCCUUGGAUCGAUGAGCCUUUCGAUUGUUUUCUGAAUGGAAGGCCAGACAAUGGAUACGAGAGGUAUAGAUGGCAACCAAAACGUUGCAAUAUCCCAAGGUUGAAUGGUAAGAAGAUGUUGAGAUUGUUGACGGGGAAGCGUCUGGUUUUUGUUGGCGAUUCUCUCAACAGGAAUAUGUGGGAGUCUUUGCUAUGUGUUCUUAGAAACUCAGUGGAUGAUAAGAACAAAGUCUAUGAAGUUUCUGGUAGGCAAGAAUUUCGCACAGAGGGCUCUUACUCCUUUGUUUUCGAGGAGUACAACUGUUCCGUGGAGUUCUUUCAAUCACGGUUUCUAGUUCAAGAAUGGGAGAUGCCGGAACCAAGUGGAUCAAAGAAGGAAACGCUUCGCAUUGAUUUGAUUGAGAGAUCCUCUGACAACUACAAAAAUGCAGAUGUUCUCAUCUUCAACACAGGUCACUGGUGGACUCAUGAGAAAACUUCCAGCGGGAAGGGUUACUAUCAAGAGGGUAGCCAUAUUUAUGGUGAACUGAAUGUUGACGAUGCAUUUCGCAAGGCUUUAACGACAUGGGCUCAAUGGAUAGACACCAAUGUAAAUCCUAAGAAAACUGCUGUUUUCUUCCGGGGCUAUUCACCUUCUCACUUUAGAGGCGGAGCAUGGAAUUCUGGAGGGCAUUGCCAUGGCGAAACAAAGCCAACUACCAGCUUGGAAUCCACGGAAUAUGGAGGAGAGUAUCCAACAAACAUGAAAAUCUUUGACUCGGUACUCAAGGGGAUGAAGACGCCAGUCAACUAUCUGAACAUUACAACAAUGACUGAUUUUCGGAAGGAUGCUCAUCCAUCGAUUUACAGAAAGCCGAAUUUAACUGAGGAGGAGCGAAAACGGCCUAUGAUCCAGGAUUGCAGUCACUGGUGCCUCCCUGGCGUUCCUGAUACAUGGAACGAGCUUAUAUAUGCUCAACUCCUCAAACAUAACCAGAAACAGCAUAGACAGAAGAAACAGCAAAAUCAGAGGACAACUUCUUAA